AUGGUCGGUGUACCACGCAGCAAAGGCUGUUUGGCUUGUCUCCGGCGGCGGGUCAAAUGUGAUGAAACCCAGCCAGAAUGCCAGUCUUGCAAAAGAAGAGGACAGAUAUGUCCUGGGUAUAUAAGAGAGCGGAAGUUCUACCACCAAUACGGCACAGCCAGCCAGUCCAAGCCAUCGGAAUCCACAUCACAAACAGAUUCCCUGGAGAUCGCCUCGGCCAAUCGUCCCCCCGCCAAAUAUCCACAUGAACUGCAGCGCCGCGCUAUGAUGAGACAGGGAUCAAUCGACGAGGUUAUAUCCCCUUACCUAGUUGCUGGAGUUCUUAGCCAGCGUCAACGAGAGAGCUUUUGUGCGUUUGUGGAUGACGUCUUCCCAGGCAUAUUUUAUGGAUACCAAGGCCUUGUGGAUGUGAACUGGUUUGACAUAGCCCGAAACGAACGAGAAACUGGCAGAUCGCUCGACUGGGCCUUGCGCAGUAUUGGAACAUGGCAGCUGGGCAAAGCAAACAACGAUCCACGACAAAUUAUUGCCAGUCGGGAAAUGUAUGGACGUGCAUUACAGCAUCUGAUUCAAGCAAUCAAAAACCCUAACUUGGUCUGCACGGAUACAACUCUGGCAGCGGCCAUUCUUGUCGGCAUAUAUGAAAUGAUCAAUGCAACAGAACAAAAAGCCUGGUUAACACAUUCACGGGGCAUUAGCCAUCUCUUCCGUCUUCGGGGACCGAAAGCCCAUAUAUUCGGGAUCGGUCGCACAUUGAUAUUAUCCUUUCGAGGCUUCUUGGUAUUUGAAGCACUAUCUCAAGGUGAGGCAUGUUUUCUCGAAGAUGAAGAAUGGAGAUCUACCCUCCCAGAGACUCUGGAUGACGAAAAGAGACGAGGAAAAUCUUACCCCUUAGGCGUGCUGAUCGAGCAUGCAUUUCAUGAGAUAGCACGAUGCCCCGGCUUUCUCGUCAGGAGCAAAGCGAUUGUCGCGUCCACACAGACUAGACCCACGGACAGAGAACGUCUCAUUCGAGAAAUCGAGAUAAGCCAAGAUACCCUGCACGGCCUAGAAUCUCAAAUGCUGGCCGGCAUCAAGACUAAACAAGCAUUGAGAGAAGACUGUUCUCAAUCUUCCUCUUUCUUCGGGAUCAUUCCUGAUACAAGAGCAGAUACGCUGGCAAAAUUCUCUCACGACGGAAUAAAUUCAGCCCUUGCACUACUCCAGCAGCUUUUGGUUGUAUUGGUAUCUAUUCGAGGUCGGCGUAAGGAAGAAUCGCCAUGGUUGACUCUCGGAACGGCUAACCAUGACCUGCAAACUGUCACCGACCCCAAUGAGAUGAUGAUUCUGGCUCAAGAACAGACGAGGUUGCACCCUACAGGUCCACAAUCGCCAGGAAUCUCCAAGGCUUGGCCUGAUCGUAUCGCAAUGUCUAUGGGGUUGCCUAGUCAAUAA